CACGCACGCGCAAAAUGUCCAUGACCGUGACAGACAGCAACCAACCCCGGGAGGGCUUUCCGCGCCCAUUCCCGGGAACCCCCAACAACGUGCUCGAGCAGUUCCAGAUGGCGGGGAAGGUGGUCGUUGUGACGGGCGCCGCCGAUGGGAUCGGGUAUGCGGUGGCGGAAGCGAUGGCCGAGGCGAGGGGACAUGUCGCGUUGUGGUAUAAUUCCAACAAUGCAGCGGUGGAAAAAGCAGAGGUCCUGGCGCGAGACCACGGGGUCAAGGCGGUCGCAUACAAAGUCGAUGUGUCUGACCCGGAGAGAAUCCAGGCCGCGUUGACGGAUGUGAUUCGUGACUUUGGGAAAAUCGACGUCUUCGUCGCCAAUGCGGGAAUGGCAAUCUCCAAGCCUAUUCUCGAGCAGACACUGGACGAGUACAGGAAGCAGAUGUCCGUGAACGUGGACGGAGUGGUCUACUGCUCCAAAUUUGUCGGUGACAUCUUCAAGCACCAAGGGUUCGGCAACCUGAUUAUCACCUCAAGUAUGAGCGCGCAUAUCGUCAAUGUGCCGGUGGACCAGCCGGUGUACAACGCGACCAAAGCGUUUGUCACGCACUUUGGCAAGUCGCUGGCCCGCGAGUGGCGGGACUUCGCGCGGGUCAACAUCGUGUCGCCGGGCUUCUUCGACACGAAGAUGGGCGCUGGGGAGGACUGCCUACAGGAGGCGUACCGGAUGGCGGUGCUGGGCCGACAGGGGAACGUGAAGGAGAUCAAGGGGUUGUACCUGUAUCUGGCGAGCGAUGCGUCGACGUAUAUGACGGGGAGUGAUUUGCUGAUCGACGGGGGGUAUGUUCUGCCUUAGGCGGCUGUCUGGACUGGCUAUGCUGCUUUAAGCCUGGAAGUUCUUGAUCGUUCAGUUUGCGAUCAUCGUGAUGUGCAUCUAGCCGCAAUGUAUAAUGCGCGUUGAUAAGCAAUAGAUGAG